UGCAAGAGAAAAGAGUAAUCUUGAAAGAAUGAAUGAUAACAGAAAAUCAGAGUUGAAGAGUUGAGAGUCGAACGCAGCAACGUCUCAUCACAUGGCGAAAAUAGCUGCUUCUUCGGCCUCAGCCUCUACAUCCACCACCGGGUCUACUCCUCUAGGGGAAUUUUUUACAAACAAUGUUGCAUUGAGUUUUUCAGAAAACUAGUGUUGAGGAUUAAAUCAAAUGAGGGAAUGAAGAGAUCGUUGCGUCAGACUAAGUCAAGAGAGGAAACCAAAGCAAAUCAAAAUAAGAGCAAACAAAAGAUUGAUGCUGAGAAGCCAAAGAAACCCCCCACUGCUUUCUUCUACUUUUUUUCUUUUUCAUUCUUAAGGGAGGAUUUUCGGAAAGAAUAUCAACAGCAGAAUCCAGAUGUAAAGUCAAUGCGUGAUAUUGGCAAGGCGUGUGGAGAGAAGUGGAAAACAAUGACUUAUGAGGAGAAGGUUCAAUACUACGAUAUAGCAACAGAAAAACGUGCAGAAUUUGAUAGAGCAACAACAGAGUAUAACAAGAAAAAGCAAAAUGGUGAAUAUGAAGAUACCGACGAGGAGUCGGAGUAUGAUGAGUAAAGCCGUGUUGUCAUUUCUUAAUUCUUACUAAGAAGGCUCCAUCUGUAUCAAUUGAAACUACUUGGAAGUUGUAUAUUCAGUUGUAGUCAGCUCUCAGUUUGUCCUUGUGAAUAAUUAUCAUUUUCUGUGUCAUGUUUUGACUUUUGAGUAAAGUAAUUUUGUUAGAUGCAUUUAGAUGCUUAGAAUUUCAGCUGUGGGCUUAUAUGUUGAGUACACUGCUUAAUAGAAGAUAUUCCUUGCAUUUCAUAAACAUAUUUGUAUUCAAUAAUAUUUCCUAGUUAAUAUUUUAAUAACUUAAUGAAAAAUGUAAUUAAGUUU